UGGCGAUAUGUCACGUGAUCGUAAAAAAGCUCACAAGUGUGAAUUCUCCUUACUCCAUUCUCAUUGAUUCUCAUCCAUGUCAUCCAUUCUCAUUGUGGCUGAUCGUGACCGACAAUUUAGCUGGGUACAUUGCAUAAACGGUUGAAAUGGCAGAGGCAGCAAUGGAUAACUCUGGCAAGCUAAUAAAGAUGGAGGUGGAUUACAGCAGCACUUGUGAUGUAAAGAUUCCAGAAUGCAAGAAACUGGCUACCGAAGGAAAGCUACACGACGCUUUGGAUCAAUUAUUAGCUUUAGAGAAACUUACGAGAACCGCUGCUGAUAUGCCAUCAACUUCUAGACUUCUUAUAGCCAUAGUUGAAAUUUGUUUGGAGGCAAAAAAUUGGUCAGCACUUAACGAACAUAUAAUUUUAUUGUCUAAGAGACGCUCUCAACUUAAGCAAGCUGUUACAAAGAUGGUUCAAGAAUGCUGUACUUACAUAGACAAAAUGCCUAAUAAAGAAACCAUGGUUAAGCUAAUAGAAACUCUUCGUUCGGUUACAGAAGGAAAGAUAUAUGUGGAAGUGGAAAGAGCAAGGCUUACACAUCGUUUAGCCAAAAUAAAAGAAGCAGAGGGAGACAUUGCAGGCGCUGCAACUGUAAUGCUUGAAUUACAGGUGGAAACAUAUGGCAGUAUGUCACGUCGAGAGAAAGCUUCACUUAUUUUAGAACAAAUGCGACUUUGUUUGGCAAAACAAGAUUUUAUGAGAACUCAAAUUAUAGCGAAGAAAAUUAACGUUAAAUUUUUCAGCGAUGAAAAUGAUGAAGAAACUCAGACGUUGAAAUUAAAGUAUUAUGAUUUGAUGAUGGAACUUGCACGUCAUGAGGGUUGGCAUUUGGAGUUGUGUCGACAUAAUCGAGCGGUAUUGGAAACUCCGGCAAUUCGAGACGAUUCAGAGAAAAGACAUAUCGCGCUUUCUCGAGCAGUACUUUACCUUGUACUCGCACCACACGAACCUGAGCAGGCUGAUUUAACUCAUAGGUUACUUGCUGAUAAGCUCCUCGACGAGAUACCGACUUACAAAGAAUUAUUGCGCUUAUUUGUCAAUCCCGAAUUGAUAAAGUGGUCAGGAUUAUGCGAAAUUUAUGAGAGAGAUCUCAGAUUAACUGAGGUUUUUUCGUCUUCGACUGAAGAAGGAUGCAAACGAUGGGCAGAUCUGCGAAAUCGCGUUGUAGAACAUAAUAUAAGGAUUAUGGCUAAAUAUUACACCAAAAUUACAUUAACUCGCAUGGCUGAGUUACUGGAUCUUUCGACCGAAGAAACAGAAUCCUGUCUUUGCAAUUUAGUAGAGACUGGAGUAAUUAGUGCACGUACGGAUCGUCCAGCUGGUGUAGUUCGUUUUACUGGUACACAAGAACCAGCUGCUCUUUUAGAUACAUGGGCUGCAUCAUUGUCGAAAUUGAUGGGCCUCGUGAAUCAUACUACACAUUUAAUUCAUCAAGAAGAGAUGUUGGCUGUUGCGCAAUCUUAAAAUUAACACAUGUACACACGCGCGCGCGCGCGCGCGCACGUACACACACACACACACACAUACACACAGAGCUACUGUAAGUAAACAAUGAUUGAAAAUGUAAUUCAUUUAACAUUGAAUUCACAUUCUCUCUAUGGAAAUGUAAUUUAUAUGCAUUGCAAAUAAUUUUUUCUAUUCAUUCAUUUUAAUGUAAUACAAUAAAAAUAGAAAAUUUAUAUGUAUAUA